GACUCCCAAAGGCAGAGGCAUGAUGGGACUUGUAGUUUCGCAACAGCUGGAGGGCCGCCAGUUUGACACCCCUGUUGCGAAACUACAAGUCCCAUCAUGUGUCCUCCUUUGGGAGUCAUGCUUGUAACUGUCAAUCUUGCAAUGCCUCAUGGGACUUGUAGUUUGGCAACAGCUGGAGGGCCACCAGUUUGACACCCGUGCAUUGGAUCAUUGGGUCAGUUUGACACCCCUGAUCAUUCUGUGCAUGCCCACAGCUGCAUCAAUCACUUGGGGGGGGGGGUUGUAAUUAACAAUAGC